AUGGUGAUGGCAUCUUUGGAGAAUGCGAUGGCAUCGACGGGAGGAUUCUGUGUCGGCCGAUCCUACGUUGUAGGGCAUCAGCGACUUUCAGGUCUUGGGUACUGUUUUUCGGCGUCGUUGCCACCGUUGUUAGCGACAGCUGCCAGUGAGGGACUGCGAAUCAUCGACGAAGAACCUGAACGAGUGGCAAGGGUUCAGCGGCUCGCUGUAGCUGUACAUCGCGGUCUGGAAGCGGCAUUCAAGCUAUUCGACAAUGCAUCGAUAAUGAUCACACGUGCUCGGUAUUUGGAGCGUGACGAAAUGUAUCCAAUUACACCUAGCGCACGUGUGAUGGUCCAAUCGGAAAUGACGGAAAGUGAAAUUGAAAGUGCGCUGAUAUCGAUUGCCAAUGUAGCAGCCGAUUUGUAG